UUUCGCCUUCUAAGAUGAUGCCAACUAAAAUAAAACUGGCUUCUCGCUUCUCACCGGAGCCAAUCCAGAGAGAGGACUCGGGAAAAGGCGAUGUCAUCUCCCCAGCGGAUCUAGUGUUGUUGCUUUAAAGCCGCAGCGCCUGUUUGUGUGCUUGUCUCCACCCCGUUUCAGCUGUACAUUUAUAAGAACUGUUUUGCUUUUUUGUUAAUUUUUUUUUAUCGCUUUUAUCUGCUGUACUGUUGCAUCAUCUGUAGCCAUGUCGGAGUCGGAGGAUAUGACGGAGUUUGCCAGCAUCGUGGAGCGGAUCGAGCGCGGAGAGGUCCCUAUAAAGAACAUAGAGAGGGAGCUGAUUUGCCCCAUCUGUAAGGAGCUCUUCACUCACCCCCUGAUCCUGCCCUGUCAGCACAGCGUCUGUCACAAAUGUGUCCGCGAGCUGCUCAUGCUCAACCACGACGACUCCUUCGACGCGGGCUCCGAGUGCUCCUUACCCGGCAGCCCCAGGUCCCGGGUCCCGUCUCCCUCCAUGGAAAGACUGGACCGCCUUGUCAGAUCAGGUCCUCGGAGGCGAAGUGGAAAUGCAGGCACACAAGCAGACAUAAAUCCAGCACUCCUUGGUUCCCCUGUCCCUCAAAAACGCUCAAUGUCCUCUCCGGGCUGGCGCAGAGGCUCCGACCCCCGUGUCACCACCAUCCCCUGCCCGGGCUGCCAGCACGACAUCGACCUGGGCGAGCGCGGCAUCAGCAUGUUGUUCCGAAACUUCACACUAGAGAACAUCGUCGAGCGCUAUCGUCAAGCGGCCCGGGCAGCUGUGGCGAUCAUGUGUAAUCUAUGCAAACCUCCGCAACAGCAGGAGGCGACCAAGAGCUGCAUGGACUGUAAGGCCAGCUUCUGUAAUGAGUGCUUCAAACUGCACCACCCCUGGGGAACGCCCAAAGCCCAGCACGAGUAUGUGGGGCCCACGACCAACUUCAGACCCAAGGUUCUGAUGUGCCCGGAGCAUGAGAUGGAGAAGGUGAACAUGUACUGUGAGGUCUGUAAGCGUCCGGUUUGCCACCUGUGUAAACUGGGAGGGUCCCACGCCAACCAUAAAGUCACGUCUAUGAGCAGCGCCUACAAGAUCCUCAAGGAAAAGCUGGCCAAGAGUAUCCAUUACCUCAUCAGUAAAGAGGACCAGGUCCGGACUCAGAUUACUGAUCUGGAGUCGCUCAUCAGUCAGACGGAGGAAAAUGGGCAGUUGGCAGAGCGCAGUGCCAAUGAGCACUUUGAAAGACUGUUUGAGACGCUGCAGGAGAGGAAGUCCGAGAUGCUCCGGUCGAUCGAACAAUCUCGCAACCGCCGUCUGGACCAGCUCAAGGGACAGGUGGAGGAGUACCAGGGCAUGUUGGAGAACAGUGGUCUGGUUGGAUACGCUCAGGAGGUGCUGAAGGAAACGGACCAGUCGUGUUUUGUGCAGACCGCAAAGCAGCUCCAUGUCAGAAUCCAGAAGGCCACAGAGUCGCUGCGCACCUUCCACCCGGCCGCAGACCCGUGCUUUGACGAGUUUGUGUUGGAGACGUCACGAGAGGAAACUUUACUCAAAGAGAUGUGUUUUGGAGGAGUCCCAGACCCUCCUCUGAUCGACCUGUCCAACAGCCGAGUUUAUAACGAAGCUUCCAUUCACUGGAGAUUGUCCGAAGACAGUUUACCCACAGACCAUCAUGUGCUGGAAUAUCGCAGACUCGGAGGACAGAGCCCUUGCCCCCCUCAGUCUGACGGGGAGGACAGUGGCGUGUGGACAUCUACAGAGCGGGUCUAUGGUCCCAGUGCUCUGGUGUCAGACCUGGAGCCAGACUCCCUGUACGCCUUCAGAGUGCGCAGCUGCAGAAACUCCCUGUUCAGCCCCUACAGCCCCGAGGUCACCUUCCACACGCCCCCCGCACCAGCGUUUGGGUUCCUGUUCAACGAUAAGUGCGGCUUCAGCACCGAGCGCCUGGUUCUGAACAAGAGGAGGGACUCAGUGGAGAGUGUGGCCGGGAUGGGCUUCCUGUUGGCUGCAGACAGAGUCCAGACCGGGAGCUACAUCGGACUGGACUACAUCAUCGGAGACACUGGAAUCUCUCAGGGAAGACACUUCUGGGCCUUCAGAGUUGAACCGUACUCUUUCAUGGUUAAGGUCGGAGUGGCUUCCGACUCAAAGCUCCUGGAAUGGUUUCAUAAUCCACGGGACACCAGCAGCCCAAGGUACGACCAUGACAGCGGACACGACAGCGGCAGCGAGGACACCUGUUACGAGCUGUCCCAACCCUUCACUCUCCUCACUCUGGGCAUGGGCAAAGUCUUCAUCCCCAAAGCGUCCUCCUCGUCCUCCUCCGUGAGCUCCGUGAACGCGGCGGCAGACCACGGCAGCCGGAUCCUGCCCAUGCCUCAGCGGAUGGGCGUCUGCCUGGAUUACGACGCGUGCAGAGUUUACUUUUACGACGCCGACUCCAUGCGGUGCCUUUACGAGCGGCCGGUCGACUGUUCCGGGACCAUGUAUCCCGCUUUCGGCCUGAUGGGGAGCGGGAAGGUGCAGCUGGAGGAGUUUAUCACAGCGAAGAGACUGACGUUUUAAAAGGGCCCGUGUUACGCUGUUUUCUGAUCGAUGUUGUAGUGUUGUUUCAUACCUGGAGUUUUGUUUCGUUUUGUUUCAUUCACACAUUUUUAACACACCAAUCCUGCUUAUUUACACUGAGUUUUUCUGUCAA